AUGUAUUACUUCAAGAAGAUCUACAUUGGUGAACUGAUAGGUGUAGAAACAAACAUUUCUGAAUCUAAAAACAGGAGUUCUUUUGUGUAUUGUUCCGGCGGCGGCGGCGGCGGCGGCAGCGGUGGCGGCCUUGGCCCUUGGCCUCCGCGUGGAUGCGCUCAAGUUGAAGAACGACAUAACCUGCUCAAGGACACCAUCCAGCUCGUGCCCGACCCCGAAGACCCUGACCGCCGCCUCGUUUCCUUCACCUUCGAGGCGGUCACAGACAACAGCUUGCUUAAAGAAUACUUCGCCAAGGAAAAGAGUGCAGUUUUUCUUCAGUGUAUCCUGACUUACAGACACCAACAAAGAAGCUUGUCCGUUUCCUGAGGAAGCAGGUUGUGCAGGUCACCGCGUGGCUGCAUGACCCUGCUCUGUGCCAAAGAAGCUGACAGUUACGGUGCCGGCGCCUGAUGUGCUGCCUACGCAGCCCAGCUUAGACGAGGACGUCGAGUCGCCCCCAUCUCCAAGCUCCCCUACGCAGAAGCGCACGCAGGAGUACAAUCUUCUUCUGCGUGAAUGAGGUCAUUUACCGCGGCCCUUUGAUGAUGGACGGAAGCGAUUUUUACCUUGACGAUGACAAACACCAGCGUUUUGGUUAAAUUCCGGUGGAUGGGAAAGGAAGGAAAUGGCGCAGCAACGGUACUAGUCCGAACUUGAUGAUACUGUAGUUUUCUUUGUAGAAAUCCGCUGAACCUGCUGCCCUGAACAUCGGCAUGACCUUUUCACUUUUCGGUGCUAAACCUGAAGCAAUCUGUAUGCAAUAAGCAAGGUUGAUUAAACAGACUUGUACACUGCUUCACUAACACCUGCAAUGGCUGGUUAUAGUUUUCUUAAUUUAGAUUGUUAAAUUAUUUGUAAAUGAUGUCAAGAUGGUUCUCUGUAGGUUCAUAAAAAAUCUCAAAUAUGUCAAUGAGAGAAUCAA